CAGCUGUCCACCCUGCGAAAUAAACACUUGCGAUCAGACAGACUUGGACUGCAAGAUCCACUUUGGAGAUAAAGACAUUAAAAUGUCAACUAGAACACCACUACCUACUGUCAAUGAAAGGGAUACAGAAAACCACACAUCACACACAGAUGGGCGGAAUGAAGUGUCGUCCCGUCCCGUGCGGUCAGGGGCCCGCUGCCGAAACUCCAUCGCCUCCUGUGCCGAUGAGCAGCCACAUAUCGGCAACUACCGGCUGCUCAAAACCAUCGGCAAGGGCAACUUUGCCAAGGUCAAACUGGCACGACACAUUCUCACAGGAAGAGAGGUGGCCAUAAAAAUUAUUGAUAAGACACAACUUAAUCCUACCAGCCUUCAAAAGCUUUUCAGGGAAGUAAGAAUAAUGAAGAUUCUAAAUCAUCCAAAUAUUGUAAAGCUCUUUGAGGUUAUAGAGACAGAGAAGACACUUUAUCUGGUGAUGGAGUACGCCAGUGGUGGGGAGGUGUUUGACUACCUCGUGGCACAUGGACGUAUGAAAGAGAAGGAGGCCAGAGCUAAAUUUAGACAGAUUGUAUCAGCUGUUCAGUAUUGUCAUCAAAAACACAUUGUCCACAGAGAUCUCAAGGCAGAAAACCUCCUGCUGGAUGCAGAUAUGAACAUCAAGAUUGCAGACUUUGGCUUCAGUAAUGAAUUCACUAUUGGGAACAAACUAGAUACGUUUUGUGGCAGCCCACCAUAUGCGGCCCCUGAGCUUUUCCAAGGCAAGAAGUACGAUGGGCCAGAAGUGGACGUGUGGAGUUUGGGGGUCAUACUCUACACGCUGGUCAGUGGAUCGCUGCCCUUUGAUGGACAGAAUUUAAAGGAACUUCGAGAGCGUGUACUGAGGGGCAAGUAUCGCAUCCCUUUCUACAUGUCCACUGAUUGCGAGAACCUCUUGAAACGCUUUCUGGUGCUGAACCCCAUCAAGCGGGGCACACUCGAGCAAAUCAUGAAGGAUCGGUGGAUUAACGCGGGCUGUGAGGAGGACGAGCUCAAACCCUUUAUGGAGCCGGAACUCGACAUCUCAGACCAGAAGAGAAUUGAUAUCAUGGUGGGAAUGGGUUACUCUCGGGAAGAGAUCCACGAAUCUCUAACCAGGAUGAAGUACGACGAAAUCACUGCUACCUACCUGCUGUUGGGGAGGAAGUCCACAGAGUUGGAGGUGAGUGAUUCCAGCUCCAGCAGUAAUCUGUCUUUAGCCAAGGCCAGACCCAACAGUGAAAACAAUAAUGGCCAGUCUCCAUCUCACCUCAAAGUCCAAAGGAACAUCUCCUCCAAUCAGAAACAGCGGCGUUAUAGUGACCAGGCUGGACCAACCGUUCCCUCAGUGGGCUACCCCAGGAGAAGUCAGACAACUUCUGCAGAGAGUGACCAUAAAGAGGAGGGUACUGCACAGGCACGAAAGUCCAGCUCAUCAGGAAGCCGCGGAAUGGCCCCGCCGAGCCCGAUGCUGGGCAACGCCAACAACCCAAACAAGGCUGACAUUCCUGACCGCAAAAAGAGCACCGGUGCCCCUGGGAGCAAUUCUGUGUCAAGCAGUAUGACCAGAAGAAACACGUAUGUUUGUAGUGAGAGGAACGCCACGGACCGCCACUCCGUCAUCCAGAAUGGCAAAGAGAACAGCCUGAGUGAAAUGUCAGGAUGUGUCAGCACAAGUCCGACGGCGAAAGUGGCGACUCUCGCUGCCUCGUCAGCCUCAGUCCGUCUGCGCCACCAAAAAGCCACCUCCCUCUCUCCAUCUGGACACACCUGCUGCGCCACCCUGCCACCUACCGAUGGCGCCACUGACCUCUUCAGGCCCAAUACGAACGUGGCUCCAACAAGUCAGCAGAACCCUGGUUCCUCCACCCACAGCAUUAGUAGCGCAACUCCCCCAGAUCGCCUGCGUUUCCCACGAGGCACACUUAGCCGCAGCACUUUCCACGGAGGCCAGCUGAGGGAGCGACGCACGGCCACUUAUAACGGACCCCCUGCCUCUCCCACCUUAUCACAUGAUGCUACGCCUCUCUCGCAGUCCCGGAGCCGUGGAUCCACAAACCUCUUCACAAAACUCACGUCCAAGCUAACACGGAGAAACAUGUCAUUCAGGUUUACCAAAAGAGUGCCAGCAGAAUGUGAUAGAAAUGGGAGGUAUGAGGACUCGAGUCGUAAUGUAUCUGGGGAUCAGAAAGAGGAACAUAAAGACGCCAAACCCCGCUCGUUACGUUUCACAUGGAGCAUGAAGACCACCUCCUCCAUGGAGCCCACAGAAAUGAUGCGCGAGAUCCGCAAAGUCCUGGAUGCCAACAACUGCGAUUACGAGCAGCGUGAGCGCUUCCUGCUUCUAUGCGUCCAUGGUGAUGGGCACGCCGAGAGCUUGGUCCAAUGGGAGAUGGAAGUGUGCAAGCUGCCCCGUCUCUCGCUAAAUGGCGUACGCUUCAAGCGGAUAUCAGGAACAUCCAUUGCUUUCAAGAACAUCGCCUCUAAAAUUGCCAAUGAGCUAAAGCUGUAAAAUAAAAAUCAAAAACUAAAGACAAAAUCUAUUGGCCGAAAAUGUGAAGAAAAAAACGGCUUAAAGGACUAUGGCACACAAGACCUAGAGUAAUCAAGUUGUACAUUAUUUUUCAACAAGUAGCAGAUACAAGGAUUGUUUUUCUCAACACUUACAAAGUAUGUCCUGAACAUAUUGUAUAAAAUCAUGCCUUAGGCAGUAAUUUCCUGCAUCUUUGAAGCAUUAUUAAUAUUAUUAUUGUCGUUAUUGUUGUUACUAUUAUUGUCAGAUGGUUUUGAACUGUAGGAAAACAAAAUGACAGUUUCAUUUCACUUUUGUUUUGUUUUGUCGAUGCACUACUGCAGUUGGUGCCCUAUGGGGCCAAAAAUUAACACCAGUGACUGAAAACUUGUAUUAUAAUGGACAGAAGAGGGAUGGUUAAUUACUCCAGUAUUUUUCUUUACUAUACUGCCCUUCUCGCAGUGCUUCUUGAAUGCCAAAAUAAAAUGGCCACAAUGUUUCGAAUUAGUUAGGAAAUUUAUUUGCACACAUUUUCCCCUUAAAGCACACUUUUUUUUUUUUUUUUUGGUGAAUGUGCUUUUUGCAGAUCUCCUAUCCAUCCAUUCCUCCACUUUUUCAACUUCUCCACCCCCCAAACCCCCCCCCCUCCCCCCCUCUUUUCAAGAAAUUGUAACUGGGUGUUUUUUAGUGCAAUGCAUAACUAAAGAUGGACAGGAUCCCAUAAAUUUAACCACUGGUGCCAUGGAGCUUCAGCUCUGGAGCGAUUGUAAAAGCCAAGCACUUCAGGAGACCUCUUGGCUUCAGACGGGCAACUGCAAUGGAACGAUAUACAUGAUAUAAAGACAAAAAAAGACACUUAGUGAGACCAGGAAUCUUUUCCUUUCUUGUUCGUUUAAGUAUUUCAUUUAUUUCCUUUCAAAGCUUUUUUUUAAACAUCUUAGAAGAUGUUCUUGAAAUGUCUUUGCUUUGGCUCCGGCCCCUAACGUUACAUGCUGAGUCAUUCUGGGGAAAUGGUUCAGAACUUUAACUUGCCAUUUAUAGGCUUAAGUAUUCACUCCCAUCCCCAAGAACCAUUGGCACUGUUAUUAUUUAGUUUUGAUUUUUCUGUUUGUUUUUUGGAAUGUAAAUAAUGUACCUUAGUUUUGCAGCUGCGGCAUAUUGAUAUACUUUUUUUUUUUUUUUUUUUUUUUUUCUCUCUAAGUCUGGCUGUGAGUCGGAAACUAUGGAAAUUAAUGUAACUCAUCACAGAAAAAGGUUAAUCAAUGUCUCCAUUAAAACGACUGAAAAUCAA